AGUUGGUAAUAAGGGCGAGGCUUAUUUUGGUCGGUUCCUGCCCGUGAAUCAGCUCUCUGAUUCCCCGUAGCGAUCGGUCCGAGCGCUACAAUUGUCAGUUCGGUUCGUGUGCCGCUUUUUGAGGUUUGUUUUCGGCUCCAUGUUGAAGUUUUUUUCCUGUCAGACUCCCGUAGCCGUGGACUCUCUCUGCACACAGAUACAGUGCACACGCAGACUCACACGCAGAGCUCUCGCCUGAUUUGCACCAGCGCGGGUCAUUUCAGGUUAAACCCUGGCGCUGCGUCCCGCACAGUUUAGCCGACAGAGAUCGACACUGGUUCCAGUUGAGGAGGAAUGCACAGACACUGGGACUCCAAAUUAUAAACGGAUACGAGCUUCGUCUUGCAUAUGCGGUGUUUCUCUGGGGGAGCUCAGCGGCUCCUCAGCGCUGCCUGGAGUCAGACUUCACCACUUCCUCUGCUAGGUAUGUUCCCAGAUGUCUGAGGAGGCUCUGAGGAUGACGUCUCGGCCCUGAACCCCUCCAGUAUGUCAGAGCCAGCAGAAAAAUGCUCCCCCCGCUGGAAAGAUGACGCUUUUCAGAAUGGGUACAUUCCAAGUUACCUGGACAAGGAUGAGCUUUGCGUAGUGUGCGGGGACAAAGCCACAGGCUAUCACUAUCGCUGCAUUACCUGCGAAGGUUGCAAGGGUUUCUUCAGGCGGACAAUCCAGAAGAAUCUCAACCCAACCUAUGCCUGUAAGUACGAGGGGAAAUGUGUCAUCGACAAAGUGACCAGAAACCAGUGCCAGGAAUGUCGCUUCAAGAAGUGCAUUGCAGUGGGGAUGGCAACCGAUUUGGUGUUGGACAACAACAAGAGGCUGGCCAAGCGGAAGCUAAUCGAGGAGAACCGGGAGCGCCGUCGUCGGGAGGAGCUUCAGAAGACGGUGUGGGACCGACUGGAGCCCACCCAGGAGGAGUGGGACCUCAUUCGUAUGGUGACUGAGGCCCAUAUGUCCACGAACGCGCAGGGCAACCACUGGAAGCAGAAGCGGAAAUUCCUGAGUGCAGCGGGGGUGAAGGAAACUAAGCCAGAGGAUAUUGGUCAAGCGUCGAUGGUCAAUGCACCAGAAGGAAACAAAGUGGAUAUAGAAGCCUUCAGUCAGUUUACAAAAAUUAUCACCCCUGCCAUAACCCGAGUGGUGGACUUUGCCAAAAAACUGCCUAUGUUUUGUGAGCUGCCUUGUGAGGAUCAGAUCAUCCUGUUGAAAGGCUGCUGCAUGGAGAUCAUGUCACUGCGAGCGGCCGUCCGCUAUGAUCCCGAGAGUGAGACCCUCACGCUAAAUGGAGAGAUGGCGGUCACACGAGGACAGCUUAAGAACGGAGGCCUGGGAGUGGUCUCGGACGCUAUCUUCGACCUCGGUGUGUCGCUGUCUUCUUUUAACCUGGAUGACUCUGAGGUGGCUCUUCUUCAAGCCGUCAUCCUGCUUUCGUCUGAUCGGCCGGGCCUGAGUAGCGUGGAACGAAUCGAACGCUGCCAAGAGGAGUUCCUGCUGGCCUUUGAACAUUACAUCAACUACCGCAAACACAAAGUGGCGCAUUUCUGGCCCAAGCUGCUAAUGAAGGUGACGGACCUGCGGAUGAUUGGCGCCUGCCACGCCAGCCGAUUCCUCCACAUGAAAGUGGAGUGUCCCACCGAGCUAUUCCCUCCGCUCUUCCUGGAGGUCUUCGAGGACUGACCAAUGGAUUUUAGCGUAUGUGUGUUAGCGUGCAUGUAUGUGUGUGGAUGUGUGUGUGCGCAUGCGUCAGCGCCCGGGAACCCUGGCGGUCUCGGGUGGAACCAGCAGAAGGCCCGUCACAAUGAACUUUCUCUUAGCACUACUGAGUGUCACUUCAUUCCAUAGUUAGAGUAGCUCUCUGGUCUAGUUUUGUAUGGAACCAUUCCUGACAGUGCGGGUACAUGUGAAUAGCAUUUUGUUCUUUUUUUUUUUUUUUUUUUUUUUUUUUUUUUUUUUUGGUUUGUUUUGUUGUUGAUAUUGUUGUGGAUAUAACCUCUCACCUCGGAUUUUACUCUAGGUUUUUAUUUUUGUGUUGAUGAUUGUACAGUUGGCAUAAUGGUGAUUUUAUCAACACUUGUUCAUUCAUAGAAAACAGAUGUCCUAUUUUCCUUCCUUUACGUUCAAAGACUUAAACUGGCUGCUCACUCGAUGCACAAACUUGUUAGCAAACCGUUAGCCUUUCCUCCCAACCGCUCAACAUUUUUGGACUUGUUUGUUGGUUAACUGUCAUGUAGUUGCUCAUUCAUCCGGUGUUUGUUCGGUUUCUCACGAUAACAGCAGCGCUCACAAUGUACCAGCCUGAGUCUCUGGGUAGUCACAUGAAAUGCUGCGUUCUUUGCAUGACUGAAAAUCUGAAUUUAGCUACAAAAAGCCAAACACUGAGCUGUAACUGGGUCAAAUCUUCGGGUCAACAUCACUUCUCAGAGGUCCUGUUACUUGAUGUCACGUCGACAUGGAAGAAAAACAAACACUAAACAAAAACACUGUUGGACUCAUUAAACUCAUCUACAAUCCAAAAAAAAUCACACAUUUUCAGUGAAGUUUGACUGAAAUUCAGCUCAGUAUUUCUCUUUGUUGUUGCUAAGUGUUAAAACUAUUAAAGAAGAUUUUUGCGGUUCCACUUUGGUUCAUAUUAAGGCCAUGGAAGAUGAAAAAAACUAUAAAUUACUGCAUUUUAAUGCGAUAUAUUCUUUUAGAGUUCAUAUUUAUGAUAAUAUGCAAGCUCCUUUUGGCAGGAGCCUUCAAAUAAUGAAUGUAAAGAACAUUUACUUGACACCAAAGUAAAGUGACUGUAUGAAAAUGUGCUUUCUUUUCCCUCAACAUGAAAAAAAUGACAUUGAGCCUCAUCCUUUAAAGAAACAUUCUCUUCAAACCCAUUAACACAAUUUUCAAGAAGAUUUUGACUUUCUCUAAAGUCUCUUAAUUCUUCUUAGCUAAUAACAAAAUCAAAAAACACAAGAGCAGUGGUUCUCAACUGGUGGACAGGGACCCAAAAAAGGGUCACAGAGCUUUUUUCGUUUAGUUGUGAAUGCCUGCCUUGUUCAAGAAAUGAGGCAAAAUGUGCCUGAUGUGUGGAAGCCCUUCUUUCACUCAUUUUGUUCCCAUGAUGAUAAGAACAUUUCUGUAAUUUUUUUUCAAGAUCUCUAUUUGUUUGGCUCCUUUUUUUUGAACAAUCACACUUUUUGGCAUAUAUUAAUUUGUCUUUGCACUUUUAAACAUGUUAUUUUUGUUCUGUCUCUUUGUUUAGAAAAUCAAACAUCCAACCACAUCAUUUUCUUUUAUUAAAAAAGUUUAAGGGGAACUUAGGGAUGCAAUUUACUUUUUUUUAAGAGGAAAUAUGGGAUGAGGAAGGAGGGGCAUUCAUACACCAACAGCACCAGUGUCAGUGACUAAAUGAGCACCUGCUCUCUUAAAAGAGCUAUUCCAGACACUCGUGAGUCGCAGUUUUCUCAUGUAGGAGCUGGUAUUGGGUCCUUUGACUAGACCAGGUUGAGAUCCAUUGCACCAGAGAGCACUCUUGUAUGCAUUUAAGUGCUGACAUGUAGGUAAAAUGACUCAUUUUGCAGUUUUUAGCAUUCAGAUAUAAUAAAUAAAGAAGGACAUUGUGAUAAAUUGACUUUAAAUUCAAUAUUACUUUCAUGUUAUUAGGAAAAAUGCAUGAAUACAUGACUUAAAGGAAGUCAAAUUUUAAUUUUACUAUGCAGUGUUGCAAUGCAACAUUGCAAUAUCCUCUCGAAUGCCUUAUAAUUUAGUCAUUUAAUAGUUUUCAAGUUGUAGCUGAUCUGAUUACCAAUCAAAUCCAAAAUCAGUGUCCCUUAGAUGUGUCUCAAUGAUGGCAGAAAGAAAUAAAGGAAAAUGCAUAAAAUAUCAGACAGGCAGUUGAUCAGGCUCUGUUUUGAUGUUUUCCAUCGUGAGGUUUCCAAGCAAAUGUAUAACAAAAUUUAAAGCAGUUUUUAAGCAUUCUAAUUAACAUCUUGAGACCCAAGCAUUCAUUUGUUAUGCAUUUUUAAUAUCUUAUAUUUAUUUGAACUAGGUAGGACCUGAUAAAUAUAAUAACUAAGCAUUGUACCUCAACAACAAGUAAAAUAUUAAUGUUCUUAUAUGAGGACAGUGGGCCUAUAUUACUGUAUAAAGACAGCAUUGUGUAACUCAGUAUGGACAUUCUGCUAAACCUGAGCAAAACAGAAUUGGAAAUAUCCUAUAAGAAAGAGAAGUGUUUAAUUCCUUAAAUGUAUAAAACAGAUCUUCUCUUGGUACAUAAAUCUGCCUUGGAAUUGUAUCCCAUACAAAUAAAAACCAACAUAGACUAAUUUGUACCACAUGCAAUAAGCAUUUAUACUCACUUUUACUUGUUGUUUUCUAUCCAAAAUCUGCCCAAGCUAUAUUAAAAUAUUUUUUACACCUGUAAAAAGUCCCAGUGUCUUCAUAUGAGUUUUUGUAGUUUAGCAGAGUUGCAGCUUGUUACUGGUGACAAAACUUUUCAAAUUUGCAUGCCAUGUCAAACUACAAACACUAGCAGGCAUAAAUAAAAUCGGAAGAGUUUUCUACCUUGAAAAGUUUUGUGUCGCCAGUGGCUGUAUAGCAUUUUGGUUAGAAUGGCGGCCAUCUUGAAUGGACACUGAUAAUUGUUAUGUGCUUUUGUGAACACAAGAUGGCAGACGGAGAGUCUGCUAAUAGGGCUAACGAGUAUACUUUCUGCAAAAUUAAGAGUGAUGGUGCAGGGAACCCAAAAUGUCCUCAUAUGAAGGUGCUGGGACCUGUAAGGUUGGAAUUGUACAUGAAUCUGUUGGAUGGAAACUCCACUUAUGACUUGACACAAACUGCUUUAAAAAUACCCAUUGAAAUUUUGCUAUUUUUAUCACAUAUGUGAUAAACCUUACAUUGUCAACAGAGCCUCUAAAAAUAUAUUAAUAAUUUAAGUCGUUGUAGAAUGAAAAACUAUUGGCAACUAAAGAGCAAAACCACUAUCAUCCUGUUUUUUUUCCGCUGCCUUUAUUCUUAAGAAAAUCAAAUAUCUGUAAUUUAAAAGGAUUGAUGUGGUGCAAACUUUAAGAAAAAGAUUGUAUCUUUACCUUAGGGGCCUAUAUACAACUAAAUAAAUAUUUGUUCACAUUCUCCAAACAAAAACUUAAGAAUCAGCAGAUUUAUUGUUGAGAUUGUUACUGUAUGUGCUUUAAACUGGCAUGUAUUUUAUAUGCUUUUGUGUCAGUAAAACAAUAUUUAAGCAAAGUCAGGAGUAAAAAUUGUCACAUUUCGAUAAGAUUUAAGGAAAUGCUUGAUGGCAUGAGACUUAUCUGUUCCUUAAAGAAAACAUGUGGAAAAAGGCUCACCAUGCAGUCAGAAAAGAGGGAUCUGAUUUUAAAUUUACAUCAGGAACAUCAAACACUUUAUCUCCAGUUCUAGUUUAAUUUAAGCAAAGAUAAAUUUGCAUGUGAUAGCUUAAUAUGAAACAGUAUUUUUGAGAAUUAAUGCAGUAUUAUUAAAGAUAAUAAUGACAUACCAAGAUUAAAAAUCUCUCUGAUCAACUCUUGACAGGAUCUUGGGUUUUAAGAGAAGUCCUGCAAAUUUUUCUUCUUCCAUGGCUCUAAUUUUCUGGUGCAUUAAAAAUAAUUCCUUGGUUGUAUUUUUAAUACUAGGGCCAGUUAAACACGCUAAGGCUGUAAAUCAAACUCGUGCUGAGGGUUUAUAUCUCCAACAUGGAAGGAACGCAGCAGCAGCUUCAACACAAGCGUGUUUAUUGCUGCCAGAGACCGGCCAGGACAAACUAAAGCACAUAAAGACACUGAUGUCAGGAAACGACAAUCAUAUAGUACUCGUGUGUUGUGUAACAAUGCCACAUGCUGUGCCAAAACCAAGUGAAUGAGGCCCUCCUUCUGGUGUCCCUGCUGGGCUUUCAUAGCGAUACCAAGACUUGAUUGAUUUAUGCUAGUUAGUGCAUGCAGCUCUCAGCAGCCCUCUGACUCGUGCUCUCGUCCACGUUAGCAGCUCCUACCACAGUCUGAACGUGUGGCCUCACUCGUCCCACACAAGAUGAUUUCAACCUUUUUGUUCCUGUUUGUUUGUUUGUUUGUUUGUUUGUUUGUUUGUUUUAUCUCCCUGGAAACGUGUCUGUCUGUCUGUUGAAACAGUGACGUCAUGGUGCUAUGGUGGGUUUGGGAAACAGCCGAUUGAACUGUACUGUGAUGUUACACACAGAAGAAGAACAUUAUCUGUUGUAUAACAGCCCACCACCCUCUAAUGAUGGCAUGCAUAUACACUAACACACAAACAUGCACAUACACAGAACAUACCUGUACACAUACUGUACACAUGCAAUGUACGCAUGUACCUGGAUCAGAUAUGGGUCAGACCCCACCACUGUGACCAACUGGUGGGAUUUGGAGGCCACGUGAACACUGGCCGCUCCAAAAAAAAAAAAAAGAAAAAACAGUAUAAUUGAUCAUCAGCUAGGUACACUGAGGCCAUGUUUUCACGAGAAGCAGCCACUGAAAAUGGGAUCGGUUUUUGUUUUCAAAAAAGAUCUUCAUUCAGAUAACAUUUUGACAAAAAAAACUGCUUUAGUAUUCAAGCCAAGCAAAUAGUUGGCACUGUCACCUUGUUUUGAAACAACACUCAUGCUCACAUCCUCCUCCUCCAACAGAGCGGUGAGAUGUAAACUCACAAAACCACAAUAAUGUGUGGCCAAACGACAGUGUUGGGGGUAAGGCUUACCAAGGUAAUCCGUUAGAGAACUCAGGCCUGCUCACAGAAAUAUUGGGGCCCCUGAAAGGCACAGUAAAUGGGCCCUUCUCAGAUUCUAUUUAACAUACAAAUUGGAUCUGAAGGGGUAGAACUCACCCUAUGAUCAAUAUUUACCUCCUGGGCCUGCUCCUACUGACUUUGGAGCAGACUGAAAAACAAAAAUUGUUGCAGGUCUUAGCACGGCUAUUCGGAGUGACAUUACUGUCUUUGUCCAAUGGGCCCAUCUGCUGUGUUAAUAUUACAAACAUAAAGGUUCAAACGUUUUUACAAAGAGGGGGUUUACAUUUUAAACAGGCAACAAUAAAUAAAAAAUGUAUUUUUAUGCUUUAAUGGGUAAAAAGAGGUUUUAAGUAGGGGUGUACCUCGGUUUGGGGGUCACGGUUUUGUUCAUGAAAAAGCAGCCUGGGGUGUUUUAAAUAUGAGACAAUAAAAGGAAAACAAAAAAUGCAAAAUAAAAGCAACACAAAAUACAAGAAUGCAAAUCAAAAUACGUCCAAUAUAGAGCAAUGCAUCGUAUUUCAUGAAACUGUAACAUAGUUGUUAGGAAAUAGCUGAUGCAGUGGUUACUUGUUCAAAUCAUGGCUCCUGUCUAUCAAUGAAGGACAAACUAGCUUAUGUAAAUGCAGAAUGGGACAUUGUAAUGGAGCCUGAGCAGCGCACUUAAAUACAUGCUUGUUUUCUAUUUCUAAAUAUCGACAUAUAUUCUUCAAAAUGUUUCAACACUAGUAAUGUCUUUAUCCAUCUCUGAGAGAGAGAGAGAGGAAGUUGGCGGGUCUUGUAGCUCUGCUGCUUUAUCAACUGAAUCUAUUUUUUCUUCUUUGUGUGUUUUGUCAUGCCUGCUUCUUCUUCUUUGUUUGUUGUUAGCAGUUAGAAAACAGUUACAAGCAUUACGUCCUCCUAGAUUGGCUUAAAAAUACUGCUAUGCAUGGUCACUUUUACUCUUCAUUCAGGCGUAUUUAGCCAUGACUACGUGCACCAGACUGUGACCCCAAAACUGUGAUGGCUCAGGAAAAAUAAAAAAAUACCAUUACAACACUCGUUUUUAGGCUUAAAAUAAAAGGCAUUCAUUUCUGAUGGACCAUAUCUUUGCCUACCUCGAUGGGCCCCUCCAUCACUCUGGUCUCCAGAAAGCUUACCCCUCUUAUAGUUAGCCUUGGUCAUGAGUAACAUAAUUAAUUAGUAUUGCAAUUCUAGUAAUUGGUUAUUAGCUACUUUAUCAAGAAAAUAAAACCUUGCUUUUUCCUUCUCCUUUGUGGCCACACAAAGAAAGAAAUAAAGGAUAUCCCUGACGCAUUGGCACAUAGCUACAUGACGAAAAGUCUGAAUACACACAUCCAAUUGAAGGUGCUCCUCAUCAGACUGUCUGAUGAAGAGCAACAGUGCUCUUGGUGCAAUUGCACUACUUUGGUGCAAUUAAUCAUUUGGACUUUUGAGCCUGCAGUGUGCACGGUGUUUUCUCAUUUGCUCCAUGUAGCUGCAUGCCAGCAGAAGUUGAACACAACGGGCAGAAAGGGCAGCAUUUCUUGGUGAAAUUUGUCUGCUUAAUGUUAGUUUUUUGGCCAAAGGGUCAAGAACAGCAACAUAUUGAAAUGCAAUGUCAGAAGCUUAUGUUGAAGUGUAGUGUUUUCUUGGAGGCAUACAGUAGCUUAUAAUGCACAGCCUGUGCGUAAUACAGCAUACCAACUUCAUUGUCAGAUUGUAGGCAUAUUAAAGAGCUAUGUGGGUUUUUUAUUUCUAUUAGUGAUGUUAUCAGGCUGCAGUUACACAAUAUGGGCUGUAAACAAGGCUUAAGUAUGGCAGUACAGAUGGCUACAUGCUUGUUUAAUAACCAAGAGGUAGAAUGAGCAGUUUAAUUUUUGGUAGCACAAGAGUACUCUAAUGGGUUACCUUUCUCAGUAGGUUAUAAUAUAAUGUAACAAGUUACUUUAAAGUUAUAUUACCCAACACUGAUGAAAAUGAGAUGGGUCUGCUACUCAAGUGAGUUUAUGCUACAAAGUAAAUAUUAAGAAAUAUCUACUGGGAGUGAGCAGCACAAACAGAACUCAUAAGUCUGCCAUUGCUGUUGCAGUUCACCUCCCUAAAGGCUGUUAACAAGAACAGUGAAGAGCAAGUGCAUUAAGUCUCAAUUUAAAGGAACUGCAGAUUGGCUAUUUUGUUUACAUUCUAUUGAACCCCAAAAUUUGCCUUUUCAGGCUCCUUAAACAUCAUUGUCAUGUAAACAAAUGCAGCUAAAAGUUUCCCAUUUUCAGCUGAAAUCAUCAUGUAAACGUGGCCUAAGAAAGCUGGUGAGAUUGUGAAAACGUAGCUCUCUUUCCUUCCUUUUAUUUUAGCUGGUAUGUUCUCUCUCUUUUUUGUUGUUGUUCUGAAAGCCUCUCUAUGGUAUCGUUGUUUGCAAUGUGACAGAAAUUUGCUUUGUAUAUCUCGCUUUUUCAAGCUUCACACUACUCCUCAAAAAAAAAAAGAAACAGCUUGUGUUUUAUUUCUUUCUCUCUUAUCUGUGAAGUGAUGCCUUUUUAUCAAAGCAAUAGACUUGCUGCAGUGUUUGAAUGACCCGGACCUCUCACACACACACCUCACAAACUGUACAGACUCAAAAUAAAUGCACAGACAAUCAGAGGGAGAGAGAUGGAUGAGGGGGGAGGGCACCCAGGCUCGGACGGUCCGGUGGACACGUGCAGCUGGGCCGGGCUGAGCCAGAGCCAUUUGGAAAAGUAACAUUGUCUAUGUUUACAUGCACUGACAUUGUCAUGUUCACGUCAUAGUGUUCAGAUUGGUGCAGGAGGUUUGAUUCCCUGUAACUGAGCCUGCCUAGCUCCAUUAAUAAAACAGUUACCUGCAGAAAACAGCAAAAAUAAAAGCAAUGUCCAGUA